CAGCAGGACUGAGCGGAGACCAGCGGCAACAUGAAACUGAUCUGAGAGUCAAACAUCUCACCUGAACGUCAGCAUGUCAGCUCCUCAUCGUGGUCUUUCCAGGGACUUGAUGAACACAGAGUGAAAAUUAAGUGAAAUAAGGUCUUACAUAAGGUCAAAGAUGAGCUCACUUCAAGAAGUCCUCCUGGGAAUUCUGGAGGAUUUGAGACAUGAAGACUUUGAAAAGUUCAAGUGGUAUUUGUGGCAAGAUGGAGUCCUUGAAGAGUUCAAACCAAUCCCAAUGAGUAAACUGGAGACAUUGGACAGGACAGGCACAGUGGAUCAGAUGCGCCAGGCCUACAGCAAUCAAAUUCUUGAUGUCACAGAAAUGGUUUUAGAGAGAAUGAAAAUGAUGGGCAUAUGGGAGAAACACUCCAAAAAAAUCUCAGAACCUGGAGGGAAAGAUGGCUCUCAAAAGGUUUGUUUGUCAGCAACAUCUAAGAGGUGUCACGAGAAACUCAAGUCCAACCUGAAGAGGAGGUUCCAGUGUGUGUUUGAGGGAGUCGCGAUACAAGGAAGGCCGACCCUCCUGAACCAGAUCUACACAGAGCUCCACAUCACAGAGGGAGGGACUGCAGAGGUCAAUGAGGAACAUGAGGUCAGACAGAUUGAAGCAGCAUCCAGGACAGCAGACAGAGCAGAAACAAGCAUCAGACCAGGAGACAUGUUUAAAGGCCCACCUGGAAGAUCUCAACCAAUCAGAACAGUGCUGACAAAGGGAGUGGCUGGCAUUGGGAAAACAGUCCUGACACAGAAGUUCACUCUGGACUGGGCUGAAGACAAAGACAACCAGGACGUCCACUUCAUAUUUCCAUUCACCUUCAGAGAGCUGAAUGUAGUGAAGGAGGAGAAGUUCAGCUUGGUGGGACUUGUUCAUCACUUCUUCAAUGAAGCUAAAAAGGCAGGAAUCUGCUGCUUUGAAGAAUUCCAGGUGAUCUUCAUCUUUGAUGGUCUGGAUGAGUGUCGACUCCCUCUGAAUUUCUACUGCGCCGACUUCCUGACUGAUGUCACCGUGUCCACCUCAGUGGAUGUUCUGCUGAUAAACCUCAUCAGGGGGAGACUGCUUCCCUCUGCUCGCCUCUGGAUCACCACACGACCUGCAGCAGCCAAUCAGAUCCCUGCUGACUGUGUGGACAUGGUGACAGAGGUCCGAGGGUUCACUGACCCCCAGAAGGAGGAGUACUUCAGGAAGAGGUUCAGAGAGGAGGAGCAGGCCAGCAGGAUCAUCUCCCACAUCAAGACCUCCCGAAGCCUCCACAUCAUGUGCCACAUCCCGGUCUUCUGCUGGAUCACUGCUGAAGUUCUGGAGGAGGAGCUGAAGAGCAGAGAGGGAGGAGAGCUGCCCAAGACCCUGACUGAGGUGUACAUCCGCCACCUGGUGGCCCAGGCUGAAAGGAACAAGGUCAAAUAUGACGACAAGCCUGCCUUACAUGAAACCUGGAGUCCAGAGAGCAAGAAGAUGACAGAGUCUCUGGGGAGACUGGCUUUUGAUCAGCUGGAGGAAGGGAACCUCAUCUUCUAUGAACGUGACCUCAUCAAGUGUGGCAUUAACCUCGAGGUAGCCUUAAAGUACUCAGGGAUGUUCACACAGAUCUUUCAAAAGCAGAAAGGCCUCCAGAAGUCUUUGUUCUGCUUCAUCCAUCUGAGCCUUCAGGAGUUUCUGGCUGCUCUUCAUGUCCAUCAGACCUUCAUCAACUCUGGAAUCAACCUGAUGAAAAAGGUACCAGUGUUCAGGUGGCCACCACUGUUUAAGAAACCUAAACUCCACCGUCUCCAUCAGAGAGCUGUGGACGAGGCCUUGAAGAGUCCAAAUGGACACCUGGACUUGUUCCUCCGCUUCCUCCUGGGUCUUUCUCUGGAGACCAAUCAGAGUCUCCUUCAAGGUCUGCUGACACAGACAGGAAGUAGCUCACAGUCCAAUCAGGAAACAGUCCAGUACAUCAAGGAGAAGCUGAGUGAGAGUCUGUCUGCAGAGAGAAGCAUCAAUCUGCUCCACUGUCUGAAUGAACUAAAUGAUGUUUCUCUGGUGGAGGAGAUCCAACGGUAUCUGAGAUCAGGACGUCUCUCCACAGAUAAACUGUCUCCUGCUCAGUGGUCAGCUCUGGUCUUCAUCUUACUGUCAUCAGAAGAAGAUCUGAAGGAGUUUGACCUGAAAAAAUACUAUGCUUCAGAGGAGGCUCUUCUGAACCUGCUGCCAGUGGUCAAAGCCUCCAACAAAGCUCUGUACGUAUUCCAUCAAUAAAUAUGGAGAAGUGGAUGAGUUCAAUAUUAUUGUACAGAGGUAUGAAAAAGUAUCUGAAUCUUUUGGAAUUCCUCAUAUUUCUGCAUAAAAUUACCAUCAAAUGUGAUCUUUGUCAAAAUCACACAGAUGAAAAAACGUCUGCUUUAACUAAAACCACCCAAACAUUUAUAGGUUUUCAUAUUUUAAUGGGGAUAGCAUGCAAACAAUGACAGAAGGGGAGGAAUAAAUAACUGAACCCUCUGCCUAAGGAGACUUAAAGAGCAAAUGAAACCAAUUUUUACCAAGCAAUUUAAGUCAGGUGUGUGCCCAAUCACUGAUGAGUGGCUUAAAGCUGCCCUGCCCACUAUAAAACACACACCUGGUAAGAAUUGUCUUGAUGAGAAGCAUUGUGUGAUGUGCACCAUGGCUUGCUCAAAAGAGCUGUCUGAAGACCGCAAUAAAAACAAUUGUUGAUUUGUAUAAAGCUGGGAAAGGACACAAAACCCUCUCCAAAAGUUUGGAUGUUCAUCAAUCAACAGUCAGAGAAGUCGUCUGCAAAUGGAGAGAGUUUGGCUCUGUUGCUUCUCUCCCAAGGAGUGGCCGUCCACCAAAGAUGACGCCAAGAGUUCAGCGCAGAAUACUCAGAGAGGUAAAAAAGAACCCAAGAGUGUCU